AUGCCUAAUCGACUUCCACUACCAGAAGCGACGCUCUCCAUCACCGCUCUCAAUAGCUCUGUAUCAUCAUCAUUUCUACCAACCGACAUGAUUGAUACUAUAUUCAAUCGACUCAUGGUAGAGGAGUGGAAAGUAGACAGUAAUUUUGAGGGUUAUUAUAACACUUGUGCUCCUGCAACAUGUACUUACACGAUCAUCCGACGAAUGGAUCUUCUUUAUGUAAUUGCGACCAUGGCAGGUCUUUUUGGUGGUCUUGUCAUUGUUCUACGUUUACUUACUCCGGUAAUUGUGCGAUUGGUUAAUUGGAUUGUUGCUCGUUGGCGAUACAGGUAUUUAUGUGCGAAUGACCAAGAACGUGUUAGACAAACAGGUAACAUGUACUGUCGUUUUGUAAUAAAAUAUUAA